AAUAAAAAAACUGAAAAGGCUACUGCAUUCGUUCUGACCUCUGAUGGGAGGUGAGGAGAUCUAUUUUCAGGCUGGGGCCGGUGAACAUGGAAGAGGCAAAGGAUGAGAGCGUGGCCACAACAGGGGGAGAGGAGGAUCAGCUCCUCCCACCUCGAGCAGGGACGCCUGCUGGAAGUGCGGGUGACGGAGAUCUGAAACCAGAGGCAGAACUGACACUUGGGAACUGGGUCUUCAUAAAGGUCACAAAGAAAAAGUCCCGGGCAGAUCCUCGGUUGAGGGGAUCAUUCCAAGUGCUGCUAAUGACCCUUACUGCUGUAAAAAUUGCUGAACGCCCCUCCUGGAUCCAUCUCUCUCAUUGUAAAAAGUUGCAGCCGCUUUCAUCACCAUUUGCGGAUGUUGCUUCAUUCCGUGUGCGAGAGGACCCUGCGCCUCAUCGACUCUGCAGUCACCAAAGUCAUGAUGCACGAGGCACUCGACCCUGACGAUCCAGGCUGCACAGCCUUACUGACUGGACAAGACCCUCAAGAUUCUGAACUGUAACAUUCUGCCUCAAACUGCAUCUGAAAAUGAUGUGUCCAAAUACGUAGUGCUCAUCAAACAGCACACUGCCCUAUCCCAAGAUUCCACUGGAAGCUAAGAAGAAUUCCAGAUUGAGGGGUGUCAUUUAACAGUGGCGAACAGCAGAGGGGACAGGAGACAAAGGGAUUCCUCUUCAAAUCUGACUGGCCGGUGAAUGAAACAGAGUCAUACCUCAUAUGGACCACAGCUCUGUUUAAAAGAGUAAAGCUCAGCAUCACCGGUGAACACUCUCACAGAAUGGGGUGGAUGUGUCGUUACCUUGUCAGCUGUUGGAUUUGGUGUUCUCUUCUCUCCAUGGGGAAUGCUGAAGAACAACUGGAACUGGGCAGUCCCAAAAACUGCAGGAAUGCUCUCUUCGUUCCUGGGCACAACCUUGGUGGAGAGGGCUUUGACAUUGUGAAGAUGGAACGGAAAAAGUCUUACAUCAUCGACAUGGAGAAGUGGAACAUCGGGAACGGCAGCUGCAAAAUGUCCAGGAACGCAUACAUGAACAACGCAAGGCAGAAGAUACCCGUGGCUGUGGUGCACUGGAGGAAUUCCGCAAAGUGUUCAAUGAAGGUUUCCAGCCAGGUUUAUGACUCGAGUGAAGCUCUUGUGAAAGAAUCGACUUCAUCGAUCUCAAACAACUGGAAGAAUGGACUUGAUUUGGGGUUUACAGGUUCAAUGAUGGUAGGAGGCACUUAUUCCCGCGAAGCCCGGUUCAGCAUGAAGAAGUCAAAGGAGGACAAGUUCAGUUUCACCAAACACGCUGUCGAAUGCAACUUCUACAGCUACAAAAUAAAAUCCUCACCACCGCUGCAUCGCGAGUUUCUUCGGGCUGUGCGGUCUCUUCCUCCAAACUACAAUCCACAUGCCUAUCAACACAUAAUCGACAUGUAUGGCACGCACUAUACCGAAGGAGUGGUGUUGGGUGGGAAGAUGAAAGCAGUAACAGCCAUCCGAAGCUGCAAGGCAGCAAUGAAUGGACUUUCGGACACAGCGGUCAAAGACUGUUUGGACGUGGAAGCAUCAGGCACAUACAAGAGUGCUACUUUAAGUGCAGAGGCCCGAGAGUGUCAAAGGUUAAAGAGGACCAUAGGAAGAGAUGGAAAAUUCAGCUCAAUGUUUAAUGAGCGACAGACAGAGAUUGUAGGAGGGAACAUCAAUGGUGAAGAUCUCCUUUUCUCCAGAGCCUCACAUCCAUAUGCUCUACAUCGGUGGCUGAACUCCCUGAAGACCAUCCCAGAUGUGGUGACAUACACCCUUAGACCCCUACAUUCAUUGCUGAACAAUAGACACCCUGCCAGGAAGGGGCUAAAGAAGGCAGUAGAAAAAUACAUCCUUCAAAACGCCUUAAGAAAAGUUUGCUCUAGGUCCUGUAAGAUAGGGCAUCGCAAUAAUCCAAGAGAUCGCUGUGCCUGCAUUUGUCAUGCAAGUCAAAAUAUACGAUCCAACUGCUGUCCCUCUGGAACAGGGCUAGCCACACUGAAGGUCUUCAACCUCCGCGCCAAAGGUUUAUAUGGAGAUUUCUGGACUAAAACAGACGGUUUCGUACUAGUCAAAUACGGUCAUACAGUAAAACGCACUGCAGUAAUUACAAACAACGAUAAUCCCCACUGGAGAGAGUCAUUUGAGUAUGGUCCUAUCAAACUGUCGAACAGCAAAACAAUCAAUUUCGAAGUCUAUGACGAAGACACUUACUGGAACACUGACUUUCUUGGAAAGUGCUCCUUUCCUCUUACCAGUGGAUAUGUGAGUAAAGCGUGCUACUUCAGGUACGGGACCUUCUUCUUCUCGUAUAUCGCAAAAUGUGCUCCUAGCCUGCAGGGCCCAAAGUGUGCCGAUUACAGUCCUUCUCCGAUGGCCACCCCUCUGGCCAAAAUAUUCCACUCCAGAAAUGGAAUUCUGGUUAAGGAUAUGUGGAAACUCCAUACGGCCCAGAAUUACUCUGAUACCGUCUACUUUGAGGAUAAUUAGUGAUAAAAAUCCUGCAUGACAUUUAUGCUACUAAGCAGCUUAACUAGUAGCUUAGCUUGACCUGCUUUGCAAAUAAAAAUCUUGUUUAAAAAGGAAUAAAAAGGAUAUUACCUGGUUUCAUAUUUCAUCUUUUGCUUGCUGAAUGUUUGACUGCCUUGCAAGUUGUACUUUGAGUUGAUUAAAGCAUUCACAAAGACA